AUGGACAGAAAGAAGUUAUUAUUUGAAAACAAUUUGAAAAGUAAUUGUUAAGAUCUUAUGGCUGGAAUAAGAGAAACAAAAGCGAAGGUAAAUGAAAUCCGUUCUAGGUGUGAUUCCAUUAAAAGAGGGAGUUCUAAGUAAUUAAUCCAUUCAUCAUCAAUAGAUAGCCUUUUGAAGUUAAUAAUAAGUCUUAUGAAAUAUCAACUAAAACAAGUGGAAGUUUUAUCAAUUUGAAGGAUAAUGAUGUUUCUUAUCUAAAAAAGAAAAUUGAAGAUUUGCAAUUCAGAAUAGAUUCCUAGGACUCAAAAUUAAAGGCAAGGGAGAAGGAGAUUGUGUAUCAGCAAUCUCAAAUCAAAUAGUUUGUAUUAGAGAUUAAUGAAAUUCAAAUAAUUGAAGACAAUUACAAAGAGGAGAUAUCAGUUUUGAAUAAGGAAUUAUCAUAAUGGAAGGAAAAGUACUUUGCAAAUCUCAAGGAAUAUCAAUUUCGUUAAGCUCAAUAAUCUCGAUAGUCGUAAUAAGAGCAAGGCCUCAUGAGGAAGAAGUAUGAAGAAAUAAUCGAAUAGCAAUAAAGAGAAAUGGAAUCUAUUGAAAUUAGAUUUGAAAAUGAGAGGGAAAAUCUCUAUAGAGCCCUUGAACUAUAGAAUAAAACAUAGUCGAAAAACAAUGAAUUGAAUGUAAAUAUAAAUAGUAUUGUUAGGAAAUGAUAAUUCAAUUGGAAGAAAAAGAAACUGAAACCCAUAAAUUAAAAGAAAAGAUUUAAGUGUUGGAGACAAAUAAGGAAGAAUUAAGAUUGCAUCUCUAAUAAUAGACUUCUAAACUGAAUGAAUAAAUCAAUAAAAAUAAUUAUGUAUUAAUCUCUAUUCAUUAAAAUAGAUUGAAUAAUAAAGGAAUCAAGAAAUUUAAAAUCUUUAAUUGCAAGUACAAGUUAAAGAUAAGCAAAUUCAAAAUCUAUUAAGCCAAAUUGGAGAAUAGAGAAACAAAACCAAUUUAUAGGAUCAGGAGAGACUGCUAUAAUUAGAAAAUCUAAAUAAUUAACUAGUUUAGGAGAUAAGCGUAUUGGAAGGGGAAGUUGCAAAAUUGAAAUAAUAAGCAAAAGAUUUCCAGAGGGUAACGUAAUUAGAAAAAGAGAAUGAAAAUCUCUAGAUGAUAAUAUAAGAUCAAAAAGCAUAGAGUCAUGAUACAAAAUAAUAAUUAAAGCUGCUUUAAGAAGAAAUUAAUUAAUUAAAAGGAUAAAAUUAGAAUAAAUCUAACACAAUUUAAUUAGAAUAAGAAAUUAAAUAUUAUGCAAGAUUAUUAAGUGAAUUAUAGGAGGAGAAUGGAAAACUUUAGAAUUAAUUGCUGGAUUUCGAAGAAAUAAAUGAGGAAUUAUUACUAUUGAGAAAGAAUAAUGAGGAAUUAUAAUAAUAAUCAACUGAAGAUUCCAAAUUGGUAGAAGACUAAUCUAUUUAAAUUAAAUAAUUAGAAUAAGAGUUAAAUCAUUUAAGAUAAUAGAACUUAAAGAAUUAGAAUCAAAAUUAGUAGGAAUCAAUAAAUGAACUAAACAAAUAAUUAGAAUAAUUAAAUUAGAUCAAUAAAGAUAGAGAAGCUGAAAUACUCUAUUAGUAGGAUUUGCUAUUAAAAUAAAAUGUAAAUUCAAAGGAGUUUGAUAAGUUAAUAACAGAAUAAAAGGCUGAAAAUAAGGAGUAUUAGAUAUAGAAUAACUAAUUGACAAAUCAAGUAGCUUUAUUAUAAAAAUAAAAUUAAGAAAUUUCGAAGGAAUUACAAAGUUGUUAGUUGGAGAUUGAAUCAUAUAUUAAGAGGCAUGAAGAAAAUCUACAAAAAAUAUAUACUUUAGAAAAAGAUAAAUAAUAAAUAUAAAAUAAUUUUGAUCAUCACAUAAAAGAAAUUUAAAAAAAAGAUGCUGAAAAGUUAUCAAAUUUCACUUAAUUGGAAAAUGAAAAUGCAAAAUUGUACUAACAGAGAAACAAAUUAUAAGAAAGAAUUGGAGAAUUAGAAGAGGCAGCCAAUCAACAAUAGAUUGAAUAUAGUAAUCUUAAAAAAAAUAAUGAAGAACUUCUUAAUCAAUUGGAAACCUAAAAUUCUCAUUUAAUUGAUAAUAAUGAAUAGGUGUAGAAUGUAAAUUUCUUAUGUCAGGAGUAAUAAAAUAUAAUAAAUGAGAAGGAGCUAUUUAUAAAAUAAUUAGAAUAGUAGAAUCAUGAGUUAGAACUUUAACUAUAAAAGUUAAGCAUUGAAAUACAAGAGCAAUAAGAGUAACAGUAGAAUUUAGAGAAUUAAUAAGAAGGAAAUGAUUAAGAAAUGUUAUUGUAGGAAAUUGAUUUUUUAAAACAAAAAAAUUAAGAAUUAGAAAAUUAACUUAAUUAAUAAAUUGAUGAUGAUGCAGAAGAAAUAGAUAAAUUGGAAAAGGAACUCUACCUUUAGAAAUAGAAUUAUAAUGAGUUAAAAAUAAAUUUAGAAGAACUAUAAACUCUGAAGGAGGAUUAACAGAGAAGAGUGGAAGAGAAGGAUGAAGAAAUCGAGAGAUUAAAAUAGAUUGUAUUUGAAUAUUAGGAAUAGUAAGAUGAAUCAAAAAAAUAAAUAGAAGACUUAUACAACAAUCAAAAAGAAUUGGCAAUUGAGUUGAGUGAAAAUUAGAAAAUCAUUUAGGAUUUAGAAUCGACAAUAGUUGAAAAAGAAGAAUAAAUUAAAAAUCUUUAAUAACAAGCACCUUAAAAUGAUUGUAUUACUGAGGAGACAGAGUAACUUAUGUUUUAAGUAAAAUAAUUCUAAGAACAGAUUGAGGAUUAAAAUUAAACAAUACUACAAUUAGAAAAUUAACUAAAUAAUAAAGAUUCAUAAUUAAAAUAGAAAUAAUAUGAAAUUAGAUAAAUGAGUUUAUAAACACAGUUAAUAGAAAUCAAGUUAACAAGAGAAAUUGAAGACCUAAAAAAUAAAGCAUUUGAAGCUAUUUAAUAGAGAGUGAAAUGCGAAAAUGAGUUAUUGAAAUUUUAAUAAGAAUCUGAAAAGCAAAUAGAAUUAUCAAGAAUAGAGCCAAAUAAUUAAUAAUGCACCUAUGAAAAUGAAGAUUUAAGUCAAAUUGCUUUGGGAAAAGCCCCUGAAGCAGAAGAAAAUUAAGAAGAAUAUUCAUAAAGUUUUGAAGAAUAUUAAGAGGAACUUGAAGUUAAGGACUAAGAAAAAUAGUAAGAAUUGUAAGAACCUCAGAUAAAUAUAAUUUAAAUUGAAGAGGUUCAAUAAAUAGAACUAGAUAAUUAACAAGAAAAUGAGGAGGUCUUUGAAUUGUGUAAUGCAUAAAAACAAGAAGACAAUUCAGACUAGGAUUUAUAGGAGCCAAUUGCUGAGGUCAUCUAAAAUGAUGAAUACCAAUAAAUCGUAUAAGAUGAAAAAUCAAAAGAGUAAUUUGGAAUUCAUUAAAAGUAUGAAACACAGAAUUUGUUAGAACUUGAAGAACCUGAAAUUAAAAUAGUUCAAAUGAUUUAAUAGCCAUAAAUUGAAUUAGAUUCACAAAAAAACAAUCAAGAAGAAGUUUUUGAAUUAGGAAUUGCAGCAGAUAAAGGGGAUGAUGAAGAAGAACUCAAACAAGUUGUUUGUGAAAUAGUCUAAAACCCACCUAAUAUACUAUUAGAACUGGAUUAAGGGGAUAAUAAUAUUCCACUUUAAUAGAAUCAAACAAAUAACUUUGGUGUAGAAAAUCCAAAGGAGAAACUUAAAGUUGAAAAUGAUCUUCUAAACUUAUUGGAUCUUUAGAAACCUGUGACAGAGAUAGUUUAAGAUUAAUAGUAUGUUUAAUUGGAAUUAGAUUAAGAGAAUUUCGAAAUAAAGGAAUCUGAAGUUCAAAUAUAACAAUUGGAAGAAGAAGAAGUUGAAAUUCAACUAGAUAAGAAACCAUAAGAGUUUCCUGGGUAAUAUAUAGAAGAGGAUGAGGAAAUAAGGAAUGAUUCAUAAUUAGAAUGA